CGAAUCGUGUGCGUUGAGCGCCACUGUUUUUGGUCGUUGAAUUUAAACACGCAAACUGUCAAAAACAUCUGACACACGAAUAAUCCGAAGCCGUGGAAGCUGAGCAGAGCAAUUGUUUGUAAACAAUGCACAAAAGGGCAUAAAUUAAGGUUCAUCACAUUUUUGUGAAAAAUAUUCGUGUAGCGAUAUUUUUCCUUGCGAUGUCGUUAUUCCCGGCCUACAACACUGAACCCCUUGUGGCUAAAAGUGAACCAACGGCAAGCGCACCUUCGGAACUAGCCUGGCUAACAAAUCAAAGCUUCAUUCCGUUUGGCACAAAGCAAACGAAUGAUGAAACGGAAUCAGAAAACUCCGCACCGAAAACGCCGGACGAUAAUCAGUCCGACAUUGCCGAUGAGGAAUGUCGGCCAGACACGGCAAAGGAUAGCAAACCUUCCAAGCGCCACCGAAGUAAACACAAAAAGAAACACAAGAAAAAACACUCCAAGCGACGUCACGGCUCCUCCUCCUCCUCCUCGCCGGAAAGUGAGACAGAAAAGCAAAAAUGCACUGCUGUAGCAAUUUCGGCACCUUCUGCGGUUCGCGUUUCCGAAGUCGACUACUACACCGAUGUAGAUCCGCUCAAGAUUUACCUGACAGUGGAGAAGCUGCACCGUCCGGCCUGUCCCCGGUAUCGUUUGGUUACCCUGAACCCUCUAGGCGUUCGUUUGAAUGGCAAGGCUUCCGGUCGGGAACGAUACAAACGAUACUACAGGACGGUGAAAGCGAAAGAGCGAGAGGGCAAAGCUCAUACCGGUAAGGAGGCACAGGAGGAAAUAUUUGCCCGCGAGGCAGAGCUGGAACGGUCGAUCCGGGCGGAGGAAACGGUGGACAAGUGGAUCGAACUGGUGCGCUACCGCCAGGAUCAUCCGAUCCACUUCGACAGCUACCAGAACCACAAGCGAGAGCUUUCGCUGAUCGAACGAGCCCGUCGCCAGUUUCCGUACGAUGAGAAGCUUCUGCAGCUCUACCUGGAAGCGAUCGUGCAGGUCCACCCGACCGACGAGGUGCUGAACCUGAUACGACGCGCCAUCACGAAAGACGAAACGAACGUGACGCUCUGGCGUUCGCUAAUACGCAACAAGCAGUGCGCGAUGGCCCAGUGCAUCGUGCCGGAUGUGCUGAAGCUGUACGAGAAGAGUACCCGCUCCCUGUUUAUGGCCCGGCGGAGCGACGAAACAAUGCUGCAGCUGUUCCGGAACUGUGCCACCUUCUGUCGUCAGGCGGGCCUGUGUGAGCUUAUGUUCGGCAUGGUGCAGCACGCGCUGAGCAUGAACGUGAGUGGACGGUACGGGACGGACGGUACGUUUGCCUCGCCCGAACACUUCCAGCAGCUGAUCGAGUACGAGGAGUUGAUUUUAAAAUCGGGCCUCCCAAUGAACGAGAUAUGGUUGCGGGUGGAGCAACUGCGUACGGCUUUCCAUUACUUACCGUUCGAGGGUGGUCGACUGGCCAGCGAUCCCCAGCGAAUGGUGCUGACGGACGAUGUGGUCGGUUUCGUGUAUCCGCUCAUCAACAAGACGCGUGCGUUCGAGCUAACACUGACGGCGUUAAAGUUGAUGAAAUUCCCUUUCCGCCGACAGUAUGACCGGGAGGUGGAAGCGUAUGAAAUGGACUACCCGGAACAGCUGCUACCCAUCUUUCUGGACGUGUUUCGGGACCGUACGCUGGACGGUUCGCUUUACGCUUUCAUCAAACAGCUCAGCGUCGCGCCAUCGUAUAUAAGGGCAAAUAUUGCGCACGAAUCGUACCUUGAGUUGGUGCGAAAAUCGCUUGCCCUAGCGAUUGAUCACUUCACCGGGACAGAAAGUGCCGUGUUGCUCACUCUCUAUCUACAGCUCGAACGCAUACUGGUCUGCGAGGAAAAAGCAUUGUCCGCGGGGAGGAAACCGACACUGGAGGACGCGCAAGCGAAGGCGGUCCGUGCCAGGGUAAAGCACGUACUAAAGCACACCCACAGCACGAACCAGAACAGUCUGCCCGUGUACGCGGAAUAUGGAUUGCUCGAGUACGAAAUGACUGGGCUUAGUGUAGCGUGCAGGAAGAUUUUUUCCACCUCCGUGCAGGUAUUCUGUUCAUCCGAACAAGCCGCACCACCGUCCGGUGACGAUGAUACGCAAGAGGAUGAUAACGAUCUUUUCCAUCUUGUGCUGACUGUGGUGGAGCUGCUGCUGCUGGAACGUGCAUCUGGCAACUGCAUAAGAUCGAAUCUAUCGGAAGCGACCAAGCAACUGGAAACGUUCCUUUACCUCUUCAACGAUCCCACGAACGCAAGGCAAAGGCUACUGCGUGAGCAGCUGUUCGAGAUCUACCUACAGCUGUUCGAAAUCGCACGACAUAGCAGAAAGCAGGCCCAGCAGCCACCGCCAGCCGAAGGUUUGCGCAGCUUGCUUGAUCUCGUCGAUCGUACGCUGAACGAAUUCCCUGCCAAUCUAUACGCACUGCGGCUGGUGGUGUUUAACGACAAUCUUCCUUGGUUGCGGUUGCGCGGCGUACUGGGGAAACAUCUCACCCCGCAAGCCGUACUGCUGCUGGUCAUUGCUGCUCAGUAUCGUGAGGCGUGCACGGCCGAAACGCUGGACGACUUUAUUGCCACGGAAGCAUCGCCUUACAAGCAACGUAUCCUGAACCUGCUCGGCGGUGCGCUGAAAUCAACCAGCACGGACAGUGCGGCCGUACUGUAUCGCAAUGCACUGCUCUGGCGGCUGUACCUGCGGGAACUGUUCGAUCAACCGAACGCGCCACCCGGAUACAGUGUGCUGGAGCAGUGCCGGAGAACGCUGUACGUUGCACUGGAAGCGUGCCCGUGGAAUAAGGCGCUCUACCUCGAUGGGGCGUCCUGCGCACCGCAGGAACUGUCCCAGCUGCUUGAUUUGAUGAUGGAAAAGCAGCUCCGGGUGCACGCGAUCCCGGAAGAGUUGGCUAUACUGCGUGAAGGAUAACAAUAAAAUGGUUUUCGGUGAUGUAUAUCCUACUUA